UGCAGAGAGAACAAACACACGAGGUGAGUGCAUUGCUGCUCUUUUUGUCCCCGCUUCCCUGCUCAGUUGAUCUUGAGAGGUUUUCUAAAUUAUGCUUGAUCUUUCCUUUCAAGGUGUAAUAUUAUAUGCAAGGCAGAGCUGUCAGUGUGGGGAGUACUUGCUUCAGAACUGCAAUCUCUCUCUCUCCCUCUUUGUCGGAGUUCUUUCAAACGGAUUCAUCAGACUUGUAUGUGGGAAGAAGGGGGCAAGGGAGUCCUUUGUUUUGUUUCAGGAAAAGUGCCUGGGAGCAGCAAGACUGACAUGUUCCUCAGCCAUUUCUCUGUCUCUCACUUCAGGCAAUAGCAACCCCAGGCAUAUCUGUAACUUCAACUGCUUAAACUAGUUUAAAGGAGCAGAGCCCCCCCCCUCUCUCUCUCUCUCUCAGCUUUCUCCCCUCCCUCCCCUUGCAAAUCUUCUUUCCUGGAAUAAUUUAAAAACAACAACUCUUCAGCCAUUUCCCCAACAGCAUUGCCAGAGGUGAGAAGCAGCUCUUGUUCCACUGUAGUGGGAAGAAAGAACGUGCGCCCCUCCUGCCCCAUUUAGUUUCUGCAGGUGUUGCUUCUGCAUAAGGAGGGGAACUAGGCAGUGGAACUAUUUCAAUGGGUCCAGGACAGCAAGAAAGUGUGGGGCACUAAAUUGGGGGUGGCAAAUUUGUAACAUCCUGCUCCAGUGGCUAGCAACCACUGCCAUCACUACCAGUGUUUGAAGAGAGGCGCAUUCGCUGAAUAUGUGGAUGCAAGGCCAUCUAAGGCCUUGUUUUUGGAUAUUAACAGCAGCUGGGUAUCAGGGUACACAGUACCACUUCCAGGGUAUGACCUGCUGCAGGUAGUGGGGGUAUCUGCAAAGUAUUGACUCAGAGUAUUUCUCUUUCGGGUUACCCCUUCAGGGAGCCGCAGGGCAAGACCACUCCCUAAAACUUUUGUUUCUUUUUGCCACAAACUCAGCAAAUCUGUGUCUUGAGUUAAUUCAAAUUGUGAAUUAACAUGGUGACCUCAAAGUCAGAAGCACUUUUGCUAUAGUUUUGUCAGGGAACUGACAUCGGAGCUAGAGGUGGAGGGGAGGCUCUCCAAUGAUGCUGGAGAAGGGCCCAGCAGGGAGAGAGGCAGCUCAGCAGAUGGGGAAGCAAUUCAGUGCAACACCAGGAAUAAGGAGGGGCAGAUGGGGGAUCGGCGAGAGGGCUCCCAGACUCUUCACCGGACACCAGCGGGGAGAGCACUGGUCCUCCGCUACCCACGCCCUCCCUGCGCAGAAGACUUCCACGCAGAGAAAGUAGGAGGAGACUGGGUGUCAAACAACUUUUAUGUUGGAAAAGGUUUAAGAAACGCCCACUGACGGAUUCUGCUAGUGACUGAGGCAGCCACGAAUUGAAGGGCUGUCCAGACAGAAAGGUUUAACAAGGCAACAUAGCCAGGAGAGGCGGCAACUUACGCACGAGCAACCCCAUACCAUUAUAGUUUGUUACUAGUUUGGCUGGGGAAACACAGGUCCCUACCUAUACCCGAGCUCUGAGGCAUCAUUGAGUAUGGGGUAGAUGUUUCUCAUCCCAUUCUAUUCACAUGUAUUUGUCUCAAAACAACAACAACAUGUAAACUUGCUGGCUUGGAGACAGUGAUUGGAUUUUUUCAAAUGAGUAUGCACACCUCAGGCAAGGAUGCUUCUCUCAAUUUCCAUAUCUAUCUUCUGUAACUCCAGGCUCAAAAUCUGUUACUGGCACAUUUAUUUAUUUAUGGGGGUGGGAUGGGGGAGGGUGGCGCUUUCCAAAUGAGUGUGAUGGGAGAUAACUUCUGAAAUGUUAAAGAUCCUUAAAGAGUUUCUUUAAAAAAAACGCUCAUGGAUAACUAUUGCCUUUGCAUGGAGCUUGUUCCAGUUUACCUAUUUAGUAAAUGAUACUUUCUUCCUAGCAUUAGAAAAUAAGUAAGUAAGUAAGUAAGUAAGACUUGAAAUAGAACCCUACUGGAUCAGAACAAAGGACCAUUUUGUGCAGCAUCCUUACCCUAUCCUCAUAGUGGCCAGUCAUAGGCCUAUGGGGAAGUCCACCAGAACAAUUCUGAGAAAUUCUGGAAACUCCUGUACUGGAGAUGGAAUACAGCAGGGUUUCCCAAAUGUGAGUUUCCAGCUGGUUUUGGACUACAACUCCCAUCAUCCCUAACUAGCAGAACCAGUGGUCAAGGAUGAUAGGAACUGUAGUCCAAAAACAGCUGGAGACCCGAGUUUAGGAAACCCUGUAUACAGUCAUCAGGGCUACUAGCAAACUGUAGCUUCAGAUGCCCUAUGUUUAAUGCACAUAAUACGAAUAGGUCAUGAAAAGAUAUAUAUCCAGUCCCAUAAUAUGCAAGGCCCCAAAAGUCAAUUUUUUUCCUGGCAAGCAGUAGAGUCCUACAGCCAAAUUAUUCUGUGACUUGCCCUGAGACCCCUGGGUAUAGGGCGGUAUAUAAAUUCAAUAAAUAAAUAAAAUAAAAAUAAAUAUACAAAAUCUUAUAUAUUUUCUCGGAAGGAAAUUCCACUGAUUUCACUGCAGCUUACUUCUAACCACAUCUGUUUAGGAUUCCAAACUUAGUUUCCCCAAAGCUGGGAAGACUUGACUAUGAAGAAGCCCGUUCAAAAUUAACAGUUAACAAUGCAGGAAAGAGAGGAGGGUGUUUGUAUAGAACCUAGCCUAGUGUACUUACUGUAGGUAAAAUAUACAUUCCUCACUCUGCCCACACCCACCACAGGCCUUUUGUCCCUGAAAGGUUGGCCAGAAGGAAAUGAAGCUAUCACACUGAAAAAGUGUCCCUACUCUGCUCUAGAAUAAAGUGAGGAUUUCUAGUUCUCUGGUGUAGCAGAAUCGAGUUCUCCUUACACUGCACUGCUUCAGGUUGUAGGAUUUGUUUGGACUAUGGGAAUCUAUGCCGGUCACUUCCAAAAGAACGAUGGUCAGAUCCUUACGGCAAUUACAGACCCAUCUCAAGCCAACUGGAUUGCGAUCCAUGCCGAGACCUGCAAAAGUAAGAGAAUCGCUUUUAAAAAAAAAAAGAAAAGAAGAAGCAUCAGCCACUGCUGUGACUCACACCUUAAUCUUCUCUCUUGGCCUCUGAAGGAUAAAGUGCUAUUUCUGUCCACACCAAUAAUUGCUGAACACAUUCCUGUAAUCCUUUUUACAGUAUAGUAUUUGCAUGCUUAAAAAAUGUAUCCCUUCAUAGUGACUUCAUACAGCGCCUUUUACCCGUUACGUAGCCAAAAUAAGUUUAAUUAAUGGCAUAUUUAUGGUGAUAUUAUUAGCGGCAUAGUUUCUCCAUGUAAUAGACUGUGCUGGUUUGAGCCAUUUGCUCUCCCCUUUAAAAUCUGUUAGUUCUGUGAAAGGAAUGGAUAGAGGUCCAAGUAGAAAAUCCUCAGCACUUUGUCAAACUUAAGUUCCUAGGAUUCCUUGAGGAAAUGUUGUUGUUGUUUAGUCAUUUAGUCGUGUCUGACUCUUCGUGACCCCAUGGACCAGAGCACACCAGGCACUCCUGUCUUCCACUGCCUCCCGCAGUUUGUUCAAACUCAUGCUGGUAGCUUCGAGAACACUAUCCAGCCAUCUCGUCCUCUGUCGUCCCCUUCUCCUUGUGCCCUCAAUCUUUCCCAACAUCAGGGUCUUUUCCAGGGAGUCUUCUCUUCUCAUGAGGUGGCCAAAGUAUUGGAACCUCAGCUUCAGGAUCUGUCCUUCCAGUGAGCACUCAGGGUUGAUUUCCUUAAGAAUGGAUGCAUUUGAUCUUCUUGCAGUCCAUGGGACUCUCAAGAGUCUCCUCCAGCACCAUAAUUCAAAAGCAUCAAUUCUUCAGCGUUCAGCCUUCUUUAUGGUUCAGCUCUCACUUCCAUACAUCACUACUGGGAAAACCAUACCUUUAACUAUACGGACCUUUGUUGGCAAGGUGAGGAAAUAAUUUCCUUGAGGAAAUAAUGCUGGUCAAAGGGGGAAUGAACCCAGCAUAGGUUUGUAAUGGAAAUGGGACCUUGGCUUUGGCUGGAUGUUUACUCAAGGCAACUGUCCAUUUCAUCAGACCUUACACACCAAUUAGACUAUGUAUAAGGCACCUUCCUAUGUUUUUGCACUUUUCACAAGGGAACAAUUUGAAACAGUUGCCCAGUCAGUCAUGACUUAUCUUUGCUGCCAUGGCAUGAGGGCAGAGGGCAUUCUUGGUAGUGGUGCCCACUCUGUGGAACGCCCUUCCAUCAGAUGUCAAAGAAAUAAACAAUUAUCUGAUGUUUAGAAGACAUCUGAAGGCAGCCCUGUUUAGGGAAGUUUUUAAUGACUGAUGUUUUAAUGUAUUUUUAAUCUUUUGUUGGAAGCCGCCCAGAGUGGCUGGGGAAACCCAGCCAGAUGGGCGGGGUAUGUAUGUAUGUAUGUAUAAAUAUUAUCUAGACCUAGUCACCAUAUUCCCCACCCCCCAGAUAAUAUGUCUUCAUUCUAGUGCCACUGGUUUGUGGUAGAAACUGAUGCUGGCAUGGAGAUACGUGGAAGAAUGACAUGCCGCCCAGAUUCCAUGUGUGAUAUCAUUAUAGUAAGGCUAGCACAUGCUGUGUUAAGUCUGUUGUGAACACAAAAAAUCCAAAAAAGCAAAAGCAAAAUCUUAAUGAUUUACUAAGAAAAAACAAUGAUUUUGAACUUUUGUUCACGUGACUGCAGCUGCCACAUUAAUUACACACCCAAAUAUAAUAUAAAAGAGCAGAUUUCGUAAUGUCCCGUGGAGAGAAGCAAUUUAUUUUUACAUCCAGUAAUAGGGUGUACGCACACCCUACACGUAAAGUAGAGCACUCUGCCUUGGGAUAGGGUGCAGUUGCCAUUGCCUGAAGCCUACAAAGUGAUUUUGAACAUGGUUCCAAAAAGAGCUGAUGUUGCAGGACGUUUGUCAUCAGAAUGAAGCAAUUGUUAUGCAAGAUUGUGUGGUCAAGAUUAUGGAAUGAGGCAGUGUAAGCUGUUUGCAGUGGACAUCCAUUUAAGGCAUCCAGCCCACUUUGCAUUGUACACGUUUUUCCUGUUAGCCAUGUGGAUUGGAGAAUGUGCAAGUCCAUAGAGCCUUCAAACAGUGGUGAUGCUGAAAAACCGCAAUGCACACGGUUUAAUGCACGUGCUUUAAUAUUGCAUUAGAUCAGUUGGUUGUGCCAGGGCUGAACCUUGUCUUUACCAUCUGUCCACAGUGCUAGGGGCAGAUGAAGGAAUAAUAGAUGAAAGCAACCCUGCACAGGUUUGGGAUGGGCUUCCUUUCUCAUGGAGUAAGCACAGAGAGCCCCCACCCCAUGCCUGUUGCCAAACAUACUGGGGAUUUGCAUACAGGCUUCCAGCUCAGAGUGCUAUUUCCAGAUCCAGCAUCUCUUGUUCUGGAAAUUAAGCACUUAUUAGGACCCACUCCUUCCAACUCAUCAACAUAUCCAUUUCCUCUGCAUCCAAUAAACAGUGAGGCAACAAUGGACAAGUAUGUGCUAAAUCCUCAACAGCUCUCUUGUGAUGUGCUAAGUUACUGCACACAUGGGAAGACCAGAGGGGGGGUGGUCUGGAAAGUGUAAUAACGUGUGAGAAACAUUGCACAGCCACACAGAGAAUUUAUACACUUAGGUACUGUAUUUGCUGAUUCCUCCCUUGCUGGUCAGCUUAAAGUAUCUGAGACAUUUUCUGAUUACAAAAGGUGCAACUUUUGAUGGGAAGAUGGGACAGCGAGGGAAGUGGCAAUGUGGCAACAUAGUCAUUAUGAAAUGACAUUUCCAUAUGGUUGUGCCAUCACACACUUGGUUUAUUACAUCUGAUGCCAUCUAUCUUUGUUUUAUUCAUUUAUACCAUACUUUUCAAGAGCAAAUCUUUCCAACCCAUAAAUAGGUAUUUGUUUUAGCUUCUGAUACAUUUUUUUUUAACUUUCCAGCUUCUUACAAAACAAAUAAUCCCUCCACCCUGAAGCAAUGGCUAGUGGUGGCUUUGAGUCCAGCUGCAAUCAAUAGUUUUGCUGAAGCAGGAGGGCACUGAAUGUACUCCUUUCCAGGCCUGACGUUUGCCCCAUCAGCAAACCGAUCACAAUUAUAAAUUGUACAGAGGGAAAGAAUUGCAAAACAAGACAUUACACACUCUGUCUAGUGUCAGGCUUUGGUGAAUCGGAUCCCUCCCCUGGUGGCAGUAACUAAGCGGAUUAAACGAAAGGAGUGUGAUUACCAGAUAAGUUCUUUAAUAAUCACAGCGAGAGACAAAGGCACAUCUCUCUAAAAAAUGGCGUCUCUCCCAAUAAAGGUUUACCCCCUCCGUCCCCAUUAAUAUAUGUCACUCCUACAUCGGGUAAUCUGAGUUUAUUGCUGUUGUGCUUUCUGUUCUAUCCGUUUCCAAUCCCAUCUAGUCUUGGGCGAAGGGGGGGGUCAGGAAUGCUGUCCCAGGACACUGAAUCUAACCAGCUGUCUCUCUCUUGGCACUUCCUCUUCUAGCUGUUCCUCACCCAGUAUUUCCGAGCUUUUCCCCUCUGGGCUGUGCCCUUCUGCAAACCACUAUUCUAAAUCAAUACUGUCCUCCUGCCCUUGGGAAGCUUCAGAAAAGUGGGGUGGGGCUCCAACCAUUCCUCCUCAGCCCAGUCCCUGACAUCUAGUCAUGAAGCAGUAACAUUGCCUUUUGAAAUUGUUCAGCUUUGCAACUAAUUUUUAGAUUAACACUUGGCUCCUCAUCUUGAACUCUCCACAAAGAUAAGAGGAGAAUAUUGGCCAGUUAUUAACAUACAAUCCUAUACCUGUCUACUCAGAGUAAACGCUACUAAGUUAAGUGCAAUCCUAUACAGGUCCACUCAAAAGUACUGGUAAUUGUGCAUAGGACUGAAGCCCAAGGCUCAAAGCACUCUCAGCCAAAAAGUUUGUUCUGGUGCCUUGGGCAAACCACUACAGUCUCUUUCAGGCAUUGUGUUGUUGUUUAGUUGUUUAGUCAUGUCCGACUCUUUGUGACCCCAUGGACCAGAGCACACCAGGCGACCCUGGAUUCCACUGCCUCCUGCAGUUUGGUCAAACUCAUGUUAGUAGCUUCGAGAACACUGUCCAACCAUCUCGUCCUCUGUCGUCCCCUUCUCCUUGUGCCCUCCAUCUUUCCCAGCAUCAGGGUCUUUCCCAGGGAGUCUUCUCUUCUCAUGAGGUGGCCAAAGUAUUGGAGCCUCAGCUUCAGGAUCUGUCCUUCCAGUGAGCACCCAGGGCUGAUUUCCUUCAGAAUGGAUAGGUUUGAUCUUCUUGCAGUCCAUGGGACUCUUAAGAGUCUCCUCCAGCACCAUAAUUCAAAAGCAUCAAUUAUUUUGCGAUCAGCCUUCUUUAUGGUCCAGCUCUCACUUCCAUACAUCACUACUGGGAAAACCAUAGCUUUAAUUAUAUGGACCUUUGUCGGCAUUCAGGCAUUGUACUCAUAUGUCAAAACAACAUGUAAGUAUUGAUGAGAAUGCUAAGCUCUGUCUGCUGUUGCCACCACCCUCCCUAAGUUGGAGGAUGAACUUCCAAAGUGGAGAGGUUAUGGUACUUGUGGAAGGUCCCCUCACAAUUGGAACCCUCUGCAAACACCACAAGCUCAUAGAGGUGUAAAAUUGAAAGGGACCUUGAGGUUCAUUUAGUCCAUCCCCAUGCAACACAGAGAUCUUUUGCCCAAUGUGGGGGUUGAUUGCACAACCCUGAGAUUAAGAGUCUCAUGUUCUACUGACUGAGGAAAUUCUUCUUCCAGCUGACACAGGACAACAGGAAUGAUGCUUGGCAUACUUGGCCCCACUCUCCCAACUCACAUGUUGCAUUUACACAUGAGUAGAAUGCCCAAUGCAGUAUUUAUUUAUUUAAUUCCACCUUUUGUCCAUAGACCUUCAUAGUGGCUCAUGACAUAAGCUAAAAUAAUUCACACUGUAUGCUCAGUAAUAAUUAAAAAUGAACCUUUUAAAAAAAGUAUCUUGUGAACCACUUUGAACUGCAGAUCUUUAUUGAUGAUUUAUUAAUCAAUCUGAAUUUAUGACAAUAGUAAUGCUUGCAGUUGAUACUGUUGCUUGAUGUCUAGAAAAGCUCUAUUUUUUCGGAAGUGAAAAAAUUAGCAGUUUUAUUGAUGCUGAAAUGCAACUAAAAAUGCGUGAAUUGACCUGAAAGCCAAAAACAAAACCCCAAAAGAUGUCCCUUCUUUAGGACAAGGUGUAAACCAACCUGCUGCCUCCCAGAUGUUGUUUGAAUAUAACUCCCACCAUCUCUGACCAUUGACCAAGUCUGCUGGUGCUGAUGAGAUUCGUAGCCCCAGACAUAUUGAGGUCUGGUGUAGACACACUUCUAAUUCAAUUUACUUGACUUUUUGUUACAAAAAACAAAGCAAUCGUUCUUCAAUCUGGAGAGAGGGGGUUGUUUAGCCUUGCUUAGAUUCUUGUCUCUCGAGAAAGCCCUGCAAGCCGUCUUCUACCCAGGGUGAAUAUCACAUCAGCAUUUCUUGAUGCAAAUCUCAAGACAGAAUUUAGUAAUAAAAUGAGCAAUAAGACUCCUGUAGCUGAGAAAGGGAAGACAACAUCUGUCUUUCAAGCACAUUCUUGUUGCACCAGAAUUCUCUCAAGCAAAUAACAGGUAAAGCUUCAGCGACUCAGAACCUCCUUUGAAAACUAGUGCUGGAGUGAAAAAAAAAAUCACUUCUGUUUUUGCAGCUGAGUUGGAAUCUGCCUUGACAAAAAUGCCAGCACCCACCAAGCACUCGUGGGAAAAUGUGGCAUGAUCUCUUAGUGUAAUCAAAUGAAACUUUAACACACAGCAUGAUUUUAUCAGGACAAGUUACUUGCUGGUUACUGUUGUAACAAUUGUUUUCUCAAAAUUUAUCUUCUGUACCAUCAAAAUAAAUAAAAACAGUAUUUUUUUUAAAAAGCCUAAUUUUCUUCUUUCUCAAACAAUGCUAUUUCAAAAACUUUGAUGGUAGUGGCAGUCUGGGGGCAUUUUGCUUUUCUCCUGGUUGUUCUUUGCAGUAGGGUGAUAGUGGGAGCAUCCAACUUGAAUAAAUAAAGGUCAAACUGGAGUUGACACUAUGCGGUUAGCAAUGGCAUGAAUGGCUUUUGAAAAGUAAAUUGGAGUGGUGGCGGGCACUGUCUUGGCAUGGGUGGUGCCUCAAUCUUUUGCCCCCUCCCUUGUGGUCCCAAUGGCAUCCCGAUCCAAGCUUGGCCUUGAGAAGGCUUGCUACAAAAGACUACAGUUGCAAGUAGAUAUACGUGUUCAGAAGAAGAGGAGUAAGCUGGAGCGACCACCCAUAUUUUGCCCAUAUCUGUGUGAUUGUAAAUGAGGGAAUACAUGGCCUAAAAUCUGCUCUCGCUGGAGCUGGAGGAGCUUAUCUCCAAAGGUGUCACUGGUAUCCUUCCCUCCUGAUAAAAAUAGCAAGUGGGGUGGGGAAUUUUCAUUGACCAUGGUGGGUGGGAAGGGGUUAAACUUGCCCUCCCCCACCCCUGUGUCCCCUGUGCUGACUGAGCUGCUAUUUACAUUCUUUAAAAAUGUACACAUUCACCACAUCAAACAUCUAGCCUGGCCUUAAUCUAAUAUCAUUUGAUUCAUUCAAGGGUUUCUUUUUAGUGCAGGAGUGGGAAACUCAUAUUGGCUUGAGGGCUACAUUCCAACAUGAGCAAACUUUCAGGGGCCAUAUGCUAGGGAUAAGUGGCAAAAGUGAGUGGACCUCUCCAUCUAAGCUAGGAAGAUGCACUGUCACAGUUAAGCACUUAAGGGAGGAGUUGAGCAGAACCUGUGAUGGGUGUGGCUUGGGAAAAUUUCAUGGCCUAAGGAGAGCCUCAAAGGUCAGAGAGACCCAGAGACUCCUCUCCCUGCUUUUAGUGCAAAUAUGGUAAGCUUAGGUUUUUGAGAUUUGAGGACAUCCACCUCCCUGGUCUAAACCACAGAGCCUAGGGCUUGCCGAUCAGAAGGUCGGUGGUUCGAAUCCCUGCAAUGGGGUGAGCUCCCAUUGCUCAGUCCCUGCUCCUGCCAACCUAGCAGUUCAAAAGCACGUUAAAGUGCAAGUAGAUAAAUAGGUACCGCUCCGGCAGGAAGGUAAACAGCUUUCCCAUCUGCUGUUCUGGUUUGCCAGAAGCGGCUUAGUCAUGCAGGCCACAUGACCCAGAAGCUUUCUGUGGACAAAUGUUGGCUCCCUCAGCCAAUAAAGCGAGAUGAGCGCCGCAACCCCAGAGUCGUCCGCAACUGGACUUAAUGGUCAGGGGUCCCUUUACCUUUACCUCCCAUACAUAGUAGUAAAUCUGGUUAUUUUACAUUCAACAGGGUGCUGCAGCCAAUCACAGCUACCUGAGCUACCAGCAUACCUGUAUAACACAUAUUUGGCAUAUCCACACAAUGUUACACCUAACAUGUAAUUAAAAAUAAACAAAUUUCUGGGAUGCACUCUUAAAAACAGUCAAUAUUUUAUUUGCCUUCUUUCUCUGAACAGUGCCAGUGCCAGAGGUUCAAAGAUGCUGGAGUAGGUUCCUUAUGUUUCAGCCAGACCAGAAGGGGAACGUGCCUCGAAUGCGCCUCCUGCAACCCAACAGUCCUUUUGUCCAGAAGGUACAACCAGCAGCCGCUGGGUGAACUUUUCUGCUCUUUCUCUUAGAUAAGUCCUGCCCAGCAAUAAGGAAGGGGAGAAAGGAAAGACGUCCAGACAAUCAUUAGGAAUCUCACACACUUGAUAGAGAUGUCACUGCAAAAGAGGUGCCCAGAAAACCUACGUCACGGCUAUACAUGCAUCCUUUCAGGACAACAUUGGCUUCAGUUGAAUGCUCAGGUUUUUGGCUCCAGGCUUAACUGAGUAGCAACUGCAAAUCUUUUUUUCUUGCAUUCAUUUUUCAGUUGUGGGUGUCCCUCUUCUAGAAUGCUCUCCAAGGGGAGACAUGCUUGGCAGCCUCCACGCCCUUUCAGUACCAGGCAAAAACCAUCUUAUUUCCCCUAACAUUUCCCUUGUAAUGAUUUGUUCAACUGAUGGUAGGUUAUUUUUUUUAUCCUACUGUUUCACUUGUUGUUUUGUUGUGGUUGUGGUUGUGGUUGUGGUUGUGGUUGUUGUUCUUCUUCUUCUUCUUCUUCUUCUUCUUCUUCUUCUUCUUCUUCUUCUUCUUCUGCAUUGAUUUGUCUUGAAUGGUUUAUAUAUAUGUUUAUUAUUUUGUCAGCCUUCCUGAGAAAGUUUUGUAUUUAAGGGCAGGGUAUAAUGGUAGAAAAUGAAACGGAAAAGCUGUUUUUAAAAAAGGGGGGUGGAAAAAGAAAACAUUGGCUGAUAUUCAAUAAAGUUUUACUCAGAGUAGACUUAUUGAAAUGAAUGGAUCUAACUUAGUAUUUUGCAUGAUUAUAGUAUUAUUCAAUAAAGUUUUACUCAGAGUAGACUUAUUGAAAUGAAUGGAUCUAACUUAGUAUUUUGCAUGAUUAUAGUAUUAUUAUCUUGGAAUGGCUCAAAAUGUAAGCUAAGAGUUCAUUUCUUCUUAGAGUGUUAAAGCCGCUAGUUGGUGCAAUUGCAAGAGUCACUCAUAGUGGUUGAGCUAAUUGACAGCUAAUUAAGAGCUCCUGGGGGGAGCCAAAGAAGUUUCCUUCAGCCUGAGUUUCUUGAGUAUAAAAGAAUGUCCAGUGUGUUCUAGUUGCAGUAAUACAUUCAUUUAUUUUUAGCAGAGCAGAGCAGAUUAGGUUUCUGUCUGACUGCUAACCAGACGACUCUGUACGUUCUUAUUUAUAGCAAUCUUACUGCUAGAGUUUUGUUCAGCCUACCCGCUUAUAAAGUUUGCCAACUUCUUCACUUUCUGGAUUCAGCCUAUUUUAUCCAAGCCACUUCUACGAACAAUAAAAGCAUCUUGAAGGUCCCAGGCCACAGAGAGGUUAGGCUGGCCUCAACUAGAGCCAGGGCUUUUUCGGCUGUGGCUCCGAUCUGGUGGAACACUCUGUCACAAGAGACCAGGGCCCUGCGGGACUUGACAUCUUUCCGCAGGGCCUGCAAGACAGAGCUGUUCCACCAGGCCUUUGGCCAGGGCACAGCCUGACUCCCUCCUUUGGCAAUCUUCACAGAAUCUCUAGCCCAAUGGUUGCCAUCAAUUUGAUUUGAAUUAAUUUUAUAAUGAAUGAUUUUAGAAUGUUGUACUAUUUUAUUGCUGUUAGCCGCCCUGAGCCCGGCUUUGGCUGGGGAGGGCAGGAUAUAAAUAAAAUUUAUUAUUUAUUAUUAUUAUAAUUACCCCUAUCUUUUGUACUUGGAUACUGCCCUUCCUUGGAAGGUUCUAGCAGAAAUAGCCAUUAGGUAAGGGUUAUAGCUCAGUUGCACAGUAGGUCCCUAGUUGCAUCUGAGCACAGUGGCGUAGCGUGGGUUGUCAGCACCCGGGGCAAGGCAAGUAAUUUGCGCCCCCUAACCCGUGGAUUUUAGCACUCGAGUCUCUUCCACUAGAUUAGUUAAAGAAACCCUUACCCCCUAAGCACGUAUUGUUUGUUAUGAAAAUACUGAUGUAAUUAAAGUAAAAUGCAUCUAAAUACAAUUUUAUUUUCAAACAUUUUAUUGAGUGCGAACAUGCAUUACACAUUCUCCACAUUUUCAGCAGGUCUAUGAAUACAAAUCUACAAAUGUAGUAACCUAGCAUGGGCCAUGCUAUUAUAUGUCGUCUCACAACCAUCGUAAACAACAAAAAAUAUCAAGAAAAAAAACUAAACAUAAAAAUGGAACCAUACCCUGAAGAUGAUCCAAGAUUGGGCUAGAUGGAGCCAACUUCCUCAAUCCUGUACCUCUAAUUGUAAUUCUUUAAUGGAAGUGCAAGAUAUCAAUCUGUAUAUACAGAUUAAUUUAAAUUUGCCUGCUUUUAAUUAGCGCAAAUUUUUCAACAACAGAAUUGAAAUCUGCAUGUCGGAGAUGUCAGCUCGAAGUCUCCCAGACAAAUGAGUCAUGCCCAAGCCAUUUUAAGUCUCAGUUUCCUUUUUGUUGGUCCUUUGAUUUGAUUUGAGGGCAUGUAGGCAUCUCUUGCGUAUCCCCAAAUGCAUGUCUAGGCUCUGAGACGAUUAAGACUGAGAAUCUCAGCAGCAGAGGUUUCAAGAGAAGCUGGCAGAAAGGACAAGCGGGGCAACUGGAGGUUGAGGCAAAACGAGACACUGAAUCGGAGAAAAGAGUCCAAGUGCAGCAGCAGCAACAGCAGAUGUUGGCUGCUCUCCCACGCGAGGACUUUGGACACUGACCUUUUGCAAAAACCCAAAGCUCACCCCGCCAACUCAGCCUACACCAGCUGGACGUGCGACUCGGGCGGGGAACCAGGAAACGAAGAAGGGCCCGAUCCUGCUUUACUAGCUUCACGGAGGCCACCCUUCGGGAAACCUGUGGGCCUUCGGAGAUCGAGGGGACCCCCACCCGCUCUGAACAGUGCUGCAUCUCUGUCAUAGCUGCUUUCCAUAGACAGCAUGGGCUGCGGUCCUAACCGCGUUUACUCAGAAGUAAAUGCCACUGCGUUAAACAGGGCUUACUCCUGUGUAAGCGGGGAUAGGAUCGUUGCCUUAGCAAAGACUUUCCGCUCUGUUAAAUGCGCAUUACACACACAUCUACAACCCUCUUUCCCGCCCCGAAGGACGCGGAGAAGCCCUUCGACGUCCCCACUCGCCCCAACGUCGCUAGCGCGGCGCAGAAAACGGAAAGGGAGAUGUUGGAAAGCCUGCCGGCAUGACAUUACAGAAGGCAAAAAACCACAUAACGCGCACCUUUAUUAAUAGGCACUGAGGGGAGAGGCAGCGAGAGUGAGUGAGCCAGGUAGGGGCAGAGAGCUGCGAGUGCGAGUGCGCCCCCCAGAUGUUGCGCCCGGUGCGGCCAGCCCCCCUGCACCCCCCACGCUACGCCACUGUCUGAGUAUUUUCCUGGGAACCCUGGAGAUCUGCUGAGCUAGAUGAGCCAAGGCAAGCUUCCCAUAUGUAAAAUGUUGCAGUCUAUGUUUUCCUACCUCUGGCACCAGCAGAACUGGCUUCAGCAGAUACUGAAGCAAAGCCAGGACAUGGACAUUGUAAUGAUGUUAGAAGAAUGAAUAAUCUCAACUAAACAGUUAGCAGUGUUGGGGGAGCUCAUCAUGGGUUUGUUUUUGUUUUUUUGCCCCCCUGCUCUUUGCAACUUUUGCUCUCACAGCAACCUAUGUGGGGCUCCCAGUGGUCUCCUAUCCAGGCACUGAUUAGGUCCACAGCUGCUCAGCUUCAAUGACGCCACAGCCCUGCAACAUGCUUUACAAUGUUCUCUGACCAUUCACUCAGCUCCAAUAAAGGUCUAUUGGCUGCAGAGAAGCUGCAGUCUAGAAAAAAACAACCUAGUUUAAAGCAGUGUGUUUUAAACCCAAGGGGCAUCACCGUGCUGGCUUCGCUCCCCAGUAGACAAUAGCCUUAAGAAAGAAGAGGCGCUGGGUCAUUUUAGCCAGGACAGGGAACAUAAUUUUAUUAAGAGAGUUAAAAACCAAGCAUGAAUGUUUGUAGCCAGAUGAAAUAAUAAUCAGAGGCAGCGAUUGCCAGUUGACCUACUCUGGAUAGUUCCACUGCUAUUAAUAAUUGACUAUAAACAAUAAAAUCUCUCCCCUUAUUAAAAUGAGACAACUGCAGAAUAGCCUAUUAUUGCAUAACGUCUUAAUUGUACUUAAGACAUGAGAGCCUCAAAGGGAACAUCAUUUUAUCAGCAUCCCUUUAAAAUAUCUGGACUGGAAUAUUAUGACACAUACACACAAAAUAAUCUUUGUCCAUUGUUAAAGGACUAGGAACUGCUUUUGAAAUCUGACUUAGCUGAUCCAUUGCAAAUGCGUUGUCUGAUUAUAAAAGCACAUAUUUAAAUUACAAUUCAUUUAGAAACAGGCCAACAAUUUUACCUUAACAUCAGUGAUUUGUUUGUAGAAUCUACUGGUUUAUCAGAGGUUUCCACCCAAGGUGAACAUGAUAAGAAAUAUUUUUAUUUGUUUGUUAAUUUUGCUAUUAAAAAAUAAAGAAGGGAAAAGGAAAAAUGACAACAAAAACUUCAGCUCACAUGAAAUAACCACCAGCACACCCAUCUUAAAUUAAAACAUAUAAAUUUAUAUAAUCCAUCCAGAAGUCCAAAGAGUAAGGGCAGUGAGGUCCUCAGACCACUAUGUAAUAGAGAGUAUAAGUCUGGAUCACAAACAUUUUAAAAUAAUAAAUAAAUCUGAUGUGAACUUUAAAGUGUGGAGCAGAGCCUCAGAACCAUGAGAGGGUCUUGACUCAUCUCAGUUUCAUUUUUGGAUGUGACCAGAUAAAUGGGGCGAUUAUCUUUAAUAUUUCAAGGUGGGUGCAGUUCACUUACUAGCUGUAAGUGAAGCAGGAGUUGCUGAAUGAACAGGAAAAUGUGGCAUGAUAAUGUGGGGUCUCUAGCUCAUGCACAGUAAGGCAAAAGUAUGCGAUUUAGGAUCCAAGCAAACUUAAGAGCAUUCCCCAUGGCCAUAGCUGCUGUUCCUUCUGUUCCCCACCCACUUCCAUAAGUUGACAUGGUGGGCAUCUAUGUCUCCUCAGGGGGAAAGAUUUGACAGUUGCAUAUGCAUAACCUACAGCAGCGAUCUUCAACCACUUGAUGUUGUUUGUUGGUGUUUUGAGAAUGAGGUGAGCGGUGUAUGCUAUUCCCCUUAAAAAUAUAACCCUAACCCUCCCGAAAAAAAGCUCAACAACUCUGCUCCCCCCCCAAAAAAGCUCAACAACUCUGAUUUCUCCCCAAAAGUUUAACAACUCUGCUCUCCCCAAGAAAAACUGAACAACUCUGGUCAAUCCACCAGCCAGCGUGGUGUAGUGGUUAAGAGCGGUGGACUUGUAAUCUGGUGAACCGGGUUUGCAUCCCCGCUUCUCCACAUGCAGCUGCUGGGUGACCUUGGGCUAGUCACACUUCUCUGUAGUCUCUCAGCCCCACUCACUUCACAGAGUGUUUGUUGUGGUGGAAGAAGGGAAAGGAGAAUGUUAGCCGCUUUGAGACUCCUUCGUGUAGUGAUAAAGCAGGAUAUCAAGUCCAAACUCUUCUUCUCUUCUUCUUUUUCUUCAAUGACAAUGGGUACAUCACUGCCAGUUUUUUUAUACUGGGAGUAGAUCACAUUCUCUUGGGAGCUGGACAGGCCUGACCUACAGCAUUUAUCAUGGGAGGAGAGGGGCAUUAAUGAACUAGAUAGUCAAAUGGAAUGAACAGUUCCAAGGAGGUAUCCAGUGGAAGAACUCGGCUCAUAAAUCAAAAUUAAUAUGCAUAGAUUUUGAAAACAUACAGCAAAAAGAUAAACCUACACAAGAUGCGACAUGCCUGCCACUUGUUUGCAGAUUAUAGUGUCUCCUAAUGGGAAAUAUUUCUCAUUAGUGCAGUUUCAUUUACUGCACUGAUAUAUUUCAGUGGAAUAUAUUUACUGAUAUACUGAUAUAUUUCAGUGGAAAGAAGGCACAAAUUGCAAAACACCAUUUUCUUGUUGAGGUACAUUUUUUUUACCAUUGUUAAACAGAAUGCUUUGCCUAUGGAACAUUUACUCUUCACUGCUUUGCAGCUAAUAAGGAAACGAGCUUGAUAUUCAUGACAAUAAAUUGAAAUCCUUAUUCCCCUAGUGUGUCUUUAAUAGUGUUUUGGAAACCUAUCUGGUUUUUAAUUAGAGUCUGAGGAAUUUAUAAUUGCUUUGCUGUCUGUGAAGCCAAGAAGUUGUUUCUUUCUAGAGAUACAGAAAAGCUCCAGGGCCAAUCAGCCUACAGAUCCACCCUGCGAUUGAAAACAAAGAUAUCGGAAAAAACAUAGUUGAACUUUUCCACAGGUUCAUAAUUCCAUAAACCUGCCGCAAAUCAAGGUCAUGCAGAAGAGCAACAGCAUUUCAAUGUUGUUGGAUCAAUUGUAUAUUUAUAAGAUGUUCCAGCCUCAAGGGGUUUCAACAGGAUUCCGUCUGCUGUGAAAGAACAAAGUCCAAAAAUCGGUACACAGAGAGUUUGUUUACUAGGGAAAGGACCAUUCUUAUUUCUGUCAUGCAGAAAUUGUGAAUUUCACUUUGUGAUAGUGAACAGUUGCUUGCAUUGCAACAGAGAAUAAGCCAAGCCACACAUGAACUACAAUGACAUGAGGCGAGACUUACCUCUUUACCUCCUUCAAAUAGCAUUAGAUUAGAAAGGGUAUAUGUUAUGAUCCUGGCCUGCUUGUCAUGGCUACUAUAGAGCUCAACAGCCAGUUUGGGAGCCAGGAAAUUGUGUGCAUCCUACUUCUCGUUUGUGUUCUGUUGUCACCUGGACAACCUUAGGAAGAUGUAAGCCUUCCAGACUUAACUAAUGGCUCAACAUUUUACCGUAUUUCAUUCAAACCAAAUGUGUGUAAUAGGGAGAAUGGAAUCCUUAUCUUUGAAUAAGCUUCCCUUGUUCGCUUUGCACUAGCUUCCCUUCUCGCCAUCUCUACGGACUUAUGGCUCCUGCCAUAAGAGGUGGCCGGUCACCUUUUCCCAAAGGCUUUCGUUGUUUCAGGGCUGGAUUCUUCAUUCCAGGGGAAUUCAGAUUCAAGCUUCUACUUGGAAUUCUGUGGUCACAGUCAGCCUAUGGCUGACAAACCAGUAGACCUACAGCUUGCCUGGGUUCUUCAAGAUGCAGAUCCUUAUAUUACUCUACAGGUUGCUAAAUUCCUAACAGCCGUUCUCUCGUACAAGAGACGGAAUGGAAUGUUAGCUGAUUAUUGAUAGUUAUAAGAAUUUUUGAUAUUGACAUCAGAUAUUGAUUUUAGCGUAGUGCCUAAAUUUUUAACUUUAAUCUUAAAUUUCUGUUUUGAUUUGCCAAUAUUUGUCCUUGUGAGCUGUGAAUUGUGUUAUAUUACUUGUGGCUUGUACGAGACCGCUGUUUUAUUUGAUUUGUUUUGUGUGUUGUGCUUUAUGAUGGGCGUAAAGCCGAAUAAACAUUUUGAUUUGAUUUGUGGUCACAGUCCUAGUCCUGCUUUUUGUUCUCUGAUCACGUCCUUGAAAAAGAUGGAGAAUUGUUGUCCACCUCCUAGAGACUCUUAGACUCUAUUAAAGUGUUAUCCAGGCAGGCAUGUGGUACUCAUACGUCCUCCAUUCGACUCCAACAGGGUGGAGUUUAGGUUUUUUUAAAUAAAAAAGUCUUGUUUUCUUUAAUGUUUUGAAUGAGAUCAUACAGCUUGAAUGCUUGCAUCUAUUGGACUAAAUGCUUUGAUAACACUUCCACUUCCUGCUUUUUAAAGAAAGUUUUCUUGGGGAUUUUAAACAGGGAUUUGUCCAAGGAGGGGGGAAAACCUUGCUUGGCCCUGGAUGCCCCACAGGAGAACAUUUGCAGUGGAAGCCAAGAAAAAUAUGAUAUUUAUUAGAUUUCUUACCCACCCUUCACCAUAAGGUUCCAGGGUGGGUUACAAUAUUAUUAUUUUUAUUAAAAAAAACCACACACUGUAAAAUAGACAAUGUUCUAUGAAAAUAAACAUAUAUCUCUAUAUAGACAAAGGUUUAUUUAUGAGGCAAUAAACAAUAUGCUUGCACUUCACAAGUGGAAUUUCUGCAACAGAUAGACUGUCUUUUGGGAGAACCUAAUUGCAAUGAAAGUAUGAAAACAGUACAUUUUUUAUUACAGCCAGCCUGAUAUUUUUGGUCAAACUAAUAGCGAAAUGGAAAGAAAACCCAUCUCCAAACUGUGACUGAGCAGGAGAAUUUUCUAAGAAUUUCAGGGACUGAAGUGGGGGAUUGGCUUACUUCACAGACAAGGUGGUCAAGGACAGUAUUCCCCCUUCUUAAAAGAAUAAUAAAAAUGUGAAAAAGUCUUGCUGGUUGCUGAUCACAGCCAUUAAGACUCAUCAACCUCACUGCCUUCUGGAGUUUGUUCCAGCAAUGGUUUUUCUUCCUUUGCCAGUCUGGUCCUUGUGUAGUGGUGUUUCCAUGGAGAUUCCAGGCCCUCUGAAAGGUACAGUAAGUCAGCCUUUAUCCCUGAACAUUCCUUAGAAAUUUGCUCGCUACUCACAGAACUAGCUGUUCACAGAACCCAGUUGCAGGAAUGUGUGUGAUGCAAAAGGUCUUGCAAAUAUGAGAAGAACCUCCAGUAAUCGUUACGCAUCGUUAAAAACUUGGAACUGUAAGCCUACUAUAUUGGCAGCCAGGACAAAACACAUGUGGCCGAAGGCAUAAAAGUUUUUGCCUUCAUUCCACAGAUUAAGAAUGCGAAGAUUUGCAGUUGGCGGUUGAAAGUGGAACAAAAGAAACAGGAAAGUCGCUGAUUAAUGAUAAGGAAUAUUUAUUCUAUAUAUUGGAGACUUUAAACUCGAGUUCUCUCUCAGGGGCAAUUUCUGAAGAAUAGUUACAGUACAUCAUCCAGAUGAUAUACUAUAAGUAUUUUUCAGCAGUGACCCCCCAAGGAAGACAGUGUUAGAAAUGUGCAUAGCAACCAAUCUAUAGAAUCAAUAUUUUAUAUGAGAAAGCAGUGAUUCUCUCUCCCCUGUUCCUAUGUUCCUGCUGCUGUAGAAACAACACUUUUGUUUUGGUUUUUAUCCACUCAGCUUAACCAACCUCGGAGGGUUGUUGUGAAGAUUAAAUAUGGGGGGGCCAAGAAAAUAAUGCAAGAUUUCUGCAUUGCACAGGGUUGGACUAGAUGACCCUCAAUGACCCUUCCAAUUCUACAAUUUUUGGAAUCCUUGGAAGAAAGGUGGGAUGAAAAAUUAAGACGUAUAAGUACCGUAUUUUUCGCUCUAUAAGACGCACCAGACCACAAGUCGCACCUAGUUUUUGGAGGAGGAAAACAAGAAAAAAAAUAUUCUGAAUCUCAGAAGCCAGAAUAGCAAGAAGGAUCACUGCGCAGUGAAAGCAGCAAUCCCUCUUGCUGUUCUGGCUUCUGGGAUAGCUGCGCAGCCUGCAUUCCCUCCAUAAGACACACACACAUUUCCCCUUACUUUUUAGGAGGGAAAAAAUGAGUCUUAUAGAGCAAAAAAUACGGUAACCAUAUUUUUAUAUUCUGAAACAUGAUGAGUCUUUAAGAGAACAAAGAGCUGCUAAUUGGCAAGUAAUAUAAAUAAUUAUUUUUUGAAGUCAGUUGCAGUUGACAACCUGGUGCUUUUUAAUAUAUUUGGUUAACCUAUUUAAUGAAAGGAAGCAAAGAGGCAGGAAAUGCUGCUUGCUUAAAAUUUGAUUCUAGUGCUCCCUCCUGUGGCAAGGGGAAUGCAUGUGCUGUACUCUUAAAAUAGAUAUGUGCAAAGCAUAAUUGGUGCAACAGUCAAAGCUGCUGCCAGUCACUUCACAUAGAAGAAAUUGGCAAAUAUUGUUUUCAUUCUCAAGCUUACACAGUGAUGAUGGUAUAAAUCUCCAAAAUAAGGAGCUUAAUUGUUAGUUAUAUGUGUACUAUAGCAAAAACUGGGUUCAUCAAUCCUGAGCAUGUAGCCAACGGAGAAUGCAGAUAUUUGCAUUGCGCUGAGCGUCUUGCUCUGCAUGGAAAACAAUGUCAUCAAUACACAAUGGAUCGCUCAGUACUAAGAGACUUUUGCUAAUAUUUGGGGGUUCAGGAAGGUAGACAGUCCGUGCAGCACACACAGCUGUAUCUUCUGACAGAGGAGAACAAAUAGGGGGCUCAGGAAGAGUGGUUGGAUGGCUGCUGCUGCCGCCCCAUAAACACCUGUCAUUUGAGGCGAUUGCCUCACUAUGCCUAAUGUUAUGGCUGGCCCUGCGUGGAAAUUUAGGGAGAAAAAUACAGUGGUACCUCGGGUUAAGUACUUAAUUCGUUCCAGAGGUCCGUUCUUAACCUGAAACUUUUCUUAACCUGAAGCACCACUUUAGCUAAUGGGGCCUCCGGCUGCUGCUGCGCCGCCAGAGCACGAUUUCUGUUCUCAUCCUGAAGCAAAGUUUUUAACCCGAGGUAAUAUUUCUGGGUUAGCUGAGUCUGUACCCUGAAGCGUAUGGAACCUGAAGCGUAUGGAACCCAAGGUACCACUGUAUUUAAGAUAGAGAAAUCAUUUAUCUCCUUGGUUUUGAAUAAGUUUGUCUGUUUGUUUCAGUUGUUAAAGCAAAUUCCUGUCACGGAUGGUGACCAGUUAACAUUCCAGACUUACUGUAAUGCUUUGUCCUGGCUAUCUAAAAGCAGCUUGGAGACCAAAGUAAAAGGUAAGACAUAAUUCCAAGAUUUAUAUUAGUCCUCUCUGUUUAUUCAAUUGCUCUUAAGCACAACAUUCCGUUAGUUUCAGUGUUAAAUCUUGCAGUAGACACUAUCUGCUGACACAUUCGACAGAGGCCUCGCACGGCACAGUAUUAUCCUUGUAGAGUAUGCUGGCAUCUGAUCUUGAGCUCUUAUUUGCUGUCACAACAAAUGUUAAGAUACUGUCCCUAGCUGGGUAAGAUAACAGCUGGAAUAUACUUAAGAAGCAGAUAUGCCUUUAGACUUUUUCCUUUCCGUCUUACCGCUGUUAAACAUAUAAUAAGGUUAGGCUACUGAGAGAUCCAUUCAUGUCAUAUCUAAGGAGGGAGGAGAAAUCCAUUUCAAUUCACAUUUUAAGGGGAAACUGCCAUAUUCACACUUUCUGAAACAGUGCAUGAACCAAAAUGGAGCCAUCCUUUGAACUUUGCAUCUCUCUGAAUUUUGUACACAAACUAAUGUGCACAAAUAUGCAUUUACCAGGUGAAAGUUUGCAUAAAAAUGCAGAAAUAGAUGAAAAUAACACAAAAUGCAUUACGUUAUGCACUUUGCAAAAAAAUGUAUAUUAGGCAGAACUACAUCAAACCUGUGUACAUAAGGAAAAAAAUUCACCCUAAAAUGCUGGUGAAUUUUCAAGAGUUUUAAAAACAAAUCACAAUUAAAUGUGGAAAUAUGGAGAACUGAACAAGACUGGGAAAAUAAGAAACUGAGAGAAGCUUAAAUUGACAGAUUUAUCCAACAGUCAUUAUGAUGAAUCUAUAUGAUACCCAAUCAAGGGUUAAUGUUCUUGAGGAAAUAAUAACUGAGGAAAUGAUUAAGACUGAUAUUUCACUCACAAAACUAGUUUUUUAAAAAAUAAAAGCCACCUAUUGUAUUCUCUGCAUUCAUUAGGAAUGUAGUUGUAGAACAUGCUAUUAAUGCAUAAACCUCUGUCUGAUGUGUGUUAUCUCACAAGUCCUUACUGUUAUCAGAACACCAGUAAAGAAGGUUGAAAAAAAUCUAAACAUUUCAAGAGAUUCAUCUUGAAGCGUCUUCCAGAAUUGUGGCUUUAGUCAUGAGACCAUCACAACUCAAAUAAAUGUGUUUGUCAUCCAUCAAAGGCUGCUACCUUUGAUGGCUAUGGUCCAUCUCUACAAGAAGCAGGAAGUCUCAGUUGCUGUUGUGCUCAGAUCCUUCUUACUGGCUUCCUAUAGACAUCUAGCUGGCUACUGUGAGAGCUGGAUGCUAGACUUGAUGGGCCAUUGGCCUGAUCCAGUAGGCUCUUCUUAUGUUCUAAGUACUUAAAGAAUCUUCUACAGGGUUAUCUUCUAGCCCAAACAAAAAAAGCCAGAUCAGAGACCAUGCAGAAUAGACCAAGCAAGCACUAUAUUAUGACAAAAAAAUAAAUGAAUGAAUUGAAUACACAGCAAGGCAGAGCCUUGGAAGAAAGAGCAAAGGAAAAAGACCUAUCUAUUCAACAAUGAAGAUUUGUAUAGGUGGUUGCACCCAUAUUGGUUGUAGCCCAAUUCCUGCCUCCUUGUGGACAAGUUUAUGGCCUGGGACAUCAAAUCAGCACAUGCCCUGUGCUGCAAAUGAGAAUGAAUGUAUGACUAUUUCAGUACUGCAGUCUGCAACCUAUUGGCAGACUAAGAGUCUGAGUAAGAUAUGGGCUUUGCGUUUGUAAAUCAGCCGAACUCCGGUCAAGUCCAGGGAGGUUUGCUUGCUUGUGUGGGAUGAUUAUACAGAAGCAGUCGUGUGUGGUAGUUUUGUCGUGUUGUCGGGGGAUAUUCUUCUAUCCAGUAUUUUGUUCUCCAGGGAUCACUAUCAAUUUUCUCUGUAGUUUAGUAUUCAUGAAAAGUUGUGUCUUGUGUCUCUUGGAAUGGAAAAUGCCAUUUACUUUUUGAUGGCAUCUACAGGUUUUCAGACACAGGUCCCAUUUAUUUCAAUGGGACUUCCUUCCAGAUGAGUGAGUAGAGAUUGAAGCCACAGGAUUUUCUAGUUUACUUGCUUUUUGCAUACUAAUUCAUUACUGGCUUGUAGUUCAGGGUUUACUCACUUUCUCAUGUGUAUUGCAUUAGGUUGUUUUAGUCCAUUCUGCUGUAGAUUUAGAUCAGGACUUUUAUCAGAAUGAUUUUAUACAUCAACUCUCUUUCCUUGGCAUGGGGCUGGAUCCUAAAAUGGUAAUCUUAGUUCACGGAAUUAUCAUCCUCUCUUCUCCCCUGCUGCCCUGUAAGGUGACUAUAUGUUCUACUUUACAGAGGUCCUCUUCAAGCUCCAGGGAGGGUCUCCUCCUGUAGUUGGUUAAUAACAAAUUCUAUUGGAUUAGCCUUCUUGGGAAAUCCAAGAAACAGGUUGAAUAACAUUAUACUCAGGCAUCACAUUGCUGUAGGUAUAAAUCUGUUGCCCACGUUCAGCUGCUCUGCAUUCAAAAUGAAAUUAUUGAUUCAUUAGCCAGGCUUGGAAGGAGUGAAGAAGUGCUGAAAGGUUUUGCUUUUGAAAUACCUGAUGGGAUUAGCUGUCUCAAUUGAAAAACCCAGGAAUACCAGUUUUGAAGUGCAGAGUUCAUUUGAUUAAUUAAAGCAAUUACAGCACACAGUGCAUUUCCUGCAGAUUAAUAGCCAGAUGGGGGAAACUGAUAUUCUGGAAUUUUGCUUUGUUUUGGGCUAUUACCUCCAGCUGGCUGCUGGACAAUCCUUUGCUGGAACGACUAUUAUUGCUAUUAAAUCAUUUUGUUUAAAAACAACCAAACAGGAAUAACUGCUCCUUUCUUCUCAAAACCCCAGCCCCAGGCACACACCCAAUGCUUUACAGAAAUGAUAUAGCUCUAGGGGCUUGGCCUUCUCUGUGAAACAAAAGACUGUAAUCCAGUUCUUAUCUCACAGCAUUUUCUAAAAUUAUUUCGCCUACAGUCAUGGGAGAAAGGAGCUUUGAUUAAAAAAUAUGGACAUGAAUUUCUUGAGAGUAACUUCAGUUGUGUGAUUUCUGUAGGUUAUGACAUGUAAAGCCCUAAGUGGCUUAGAACCGGGAUAUCUGAAGGAUCAUGUCUUUCAUUAUAAGCCUAGCCAUCAAAAUUCAUUUGAGAGCCAGUGUGGUCCAAUGACUACUUAGUGUGUUGGACUAGAUGCUGGAAGACCAGAUCCACCUAACCUACCUUACAGAGUAGUUGUGAGUAGAAAUGGGUGGCACUGUCGUUUUUUUUUUAAAAAAAAGAUUCAACAGAUAUACAUCUUAGAAAAAGAGGAAAAACAAACAAACAAAACACACAGACGUUAUGGACAUGGUAGGUAUAUGAGAGAAAAAUAGCAUAAAUAUAGAUUUUACAGUACUCAGUAUAUAAAUACCGUAUUUUUCGCUCCAUAAGACUGACAUAAGACGCACCUAGUUUUUAGAGGAGGAAAGGGGGAAAGCCCCAUUUUUGGGGGGGGUCAGCUCACAGUUGUGCAGCUUCUUUUGCAAAGGGGAAAAGCCAUGGUUUUUUGCGGAUCAGCUCAAAGCUGUUGAGCUUACUUUGCAAAUGGAAAAAAUCCUGUUUUUAUGGGGUUCAACUCACAGUUCUGCAGCUUCUUUAGGAAAGGAAAGGGAGCCAUUUCUACAAUUUCCAGACUGAUAAUCUAAUCAGCCAGUCACAUGUCGCUGGGGAAAGAAACAGCCUCCAUCUGCAAAACAUUCAGCAAUGGAGGCCUGGGCAAGGGGGCGGGGCCGGAAACGGAGCCAGCGACCGACCACACAUUUGCUCCAUAAGACGCAAGGCCAUUUCCCCUUACUUUUUAGGUGGGAAAAAGUGCAUCAUGUGGAGCAAAAAAUAUGGUAAUUUGUGGGCAUCCAUCUGUCUGGGGAGACAGUGGAGGAGUGUGCCUUUCAGGGUGAGUUCAAGCUGUUGGACAGUUGCAGCGCCUGCUGUGGCUGUAGAGACUGAUGUGGGAGAGAUGUUUUGUUGCAGCUGGGGCAGAUGAAGGUAUCCAGUUGUGCUGCUGCAGAUGCAUCACGGCGUUCCUUCUCUCUGCUCUCCUCCCAGCGGUCCUUUCUGCUCUGGCCACUACUUUGUUUACACAACUUUACUGCCUGUCUCCAGGCACUGUGGUCAUCUGCAAGGGAUUCCCACAUGGCAGGGUUGAUGUUGUCAGCAAUGCCACUGGGACUAGAUGACCCUCGGGGUCCUUUCCAACUCUAUGACUCAAUGAGAUGAGACAUUCUAGGCAGACAGAAACAAUCAAGGAGCAAAGCAGGGCCAACCAGGAGUGUGGCCUGGGAAGAGUCAUGAGUGGCAGAUACAAAGGGCAUUUGACUCCUGAGCCUGAGUUUCCCCACUCCUGCCCAAGUAAAUAUGCCUAGUACAGUGGUACCUCGGGUUACAGACGCUUCAGGUUACAGACUCUGCUAACCCAGAAAUAGUUGUUGUUGUUGUUGUUGUUGUUUAGUCGUGUCCAACUCUUUGUGAUCCCAUGGACCAGAGCACGCCAGGCACUUCUGUCUUCCACUGCCUUCCGCAGUUUGGUCAAACUCAUGCUGGUAGCUUCGAGAACACUGUCCAACCAUCUCGUCCUCUGCCGUCCCCUUCUCCUUGUGCCCUCAAUAUUUCCCAACAUCAGGGUCUUUUCCAGGGAGUCUUUUCUUCUCGUGAGGUGGCCAAAGUAUUGGAGCCUCCAGCUUCAGGAUCUGUCCUUCCAGAAAUAGUAUCUCGGGUUAAGAACUUUGCUUCAGGAUGAGAACAGAAAUCACAUGGCAGUGUUGCAGCGGCAGCGGGAGGCCCCAUUAGCUAACGUGGUACCUCAGGUUAAGAACAGUUUCAGGUUAAUAAUGGACCUCCAGAACGAAUUAAGUUCUUAACCUGAGGUACCACUAUACUAGUUCCUCCUAUACCAUAUAUUCACUCAAUUUUGGUGCAUUUCUCCUCAUAUAUCAACAUAUAAUAAGAAGACACCUGGAUCUUCCUAGCUAGGUCAGCGUCAAAGACUUAUGAGUGGUUCACUUCAUUCUAGAACAUGUCCGUAGGGCUUUAAGCUUUCAUGUACUGAAGCAGUGAGUCUGAAGAUAUUAAAUGAUAUAUUAAAGACCUCACAUCACCAUCAUUGACAGGAAAACAUAUUAAUGAAGGAAUGGUAGGGACUAGAAUUCAGGAUUUCUACUUCUUUCUUUUUAGCAAGGGUCGUUGCUGUGCGGCUUGCAUGCUUUAGGGACCCAUGACUGCGUUUGAAGCUGUUUGCUGCAGCUAUUGAUCCACACAUGGGUGAUAGAUCAGACUAGGAUGUUCUUAGUUAUCAAAUUGUUAACAGCCGCACUAGAUGCUUGAUGGGGAAAUGUUAAGGAGUGUGGCGUUUGCCUCCUAGGUGGGUCAUAAGGAAAGGGUUAAAUGAGUGUGAAGUGAUUGGCCAGAGAGAAACUGAUAGGAGGAGUUAGAGUUAGAGUUGGAGUUGUGUGGAAGUUAGUUGAGAGUUGGGAGUUGGAGAAGGAAGAGGGAGGUUAAGUCUGUGGGUUGGUCGAGUUGUGUUGUGAGAGAGUGAGAGGAACUGUUAGGUGGAGUCAGAUAGAUAGUUGGGAUAAUCGGUUUGAAGUUGUUAGGAACAUAUAGGUCAGUAAAUAAACUAAGAUGAAGAAACUGCCAAGAAAAAUUAACUGAAACCAUAAACUUGUUCAUGCCUAUAAAAUAAACUUGUUAAUGUUAACAACUGCCUAAGACUCCGUGUGUACCUGAGAGAAGCGGGUUGGUGGCAGCAAACAAAGCAAUCACAGUGGUGGCACACAGAUCAAUAGACCGUCAAACGUCUGGGGACCCUGUGUGAUCACCACAAGGAGCAGUGAGGAUCCACCUCAGUAAUAACACUUUUGUAGUUUUGGGAUGCUAGAUUCUGUGAUUGUUUUCUUUUCUCUUGGAAUAAGAUGAAGCUUGCUUGGAUUCUUGCAAAUCUGUGACAAUGAAACAGCAACAAAAACAGAUAGCUACAGAGCCCCCCUAGGGCCAUGACAGAUACUAAUGCAUCUUUUCUGCAGGCUGAAGAAUUAUUCAGAUGUGUAGCUAGCAGCUGACGUCCGAAUAAAAAUUCAUCAGCCCGACUGUACUAACUCUGGUCACAGAAUAAUAGCAUCAAAAAUAGAUUCAUCAGUCACUGUUAGGCAUUGCUUGAUUCUAUAGGGUGGCUAUUUGAGAAUCCCUGAUAAGGUUUGUUGGCGAGGCCCGGCAUUUCUGAGUAGGGCAGAGCAUCAGUCCGCAGUAUUUGCGACACAGCCUGGUAUCUCUGACCAGCGUUGAAAUGUGGGCUUGCAUCAUGAGACUUAAACCAUGAAAUUGACUCUUAUAUUCCAAAUUAAUAGGAAUUUUGGAUUACUGCCAGGCUUGCAAGGAGAUUCACACUUCAGUAAUCUAGAUAUCCUCUGUUGAAGGCUGUUUUUCAAUGAAGAAAACUGAGCUGUGGGGGAGAGAAAUAAAAAAGAGAAGCUUGGGAGUAUGGCAACAUUUUAGCAAUGCUGGAAGAUUCAGGCAGCUGAAUAAAGCAAUUAAUAGAAAGGAUAGAAUACUCACAAGUAAACAGAGAGCUGAUCACACUGCAUUUUAAUUUCUCUAAGUUUCCAUUGAAAUCAAUGGAGCUUACUUACAUCAUGGCUCACUUGGCCCAAUGAUCUCAAUGGGAAUGAAGUACAGUUUCCUUAGUUUGGAUCCACCAUUGUGUGUUAACUUGCAAACCAUUUUAAAAUAAAAUUUAAAAAAAUGAAUGCCUUUCUAUCAUGCUAGGGCCUUUGUUUCCCCAGCCACUCUGGGCCGCUUUCAACAGAACAUUAAAAACAGAAUAAAACUUCAAACAUUAAAAACUUCCCUAAACAGGGCUGCCUUCAGAUAUCUUCUAAAAGUUGGAUGGUUGUUUAUUUCCUUGACAUCUGAUGGGAGGGUGUUCCACAGGGUGGGUGCUACCACCGAAAAGGCCCUCUGCCUGGUUCUCUGUAACCUCACUUCUCGCAGUGAGGGAACUGCCAGAAGUCCCUCAGUGCUGGACCUCAGUGUCCAGGCUGAAUGAUGGGGCUGGAGACGCUCCUUCCGGUACAGUAUACUGGACCAAGGCCAUUUAGGGCUUUAAAGAUCAGCUUGUGCCCUUGCCAACAUCAGCAAUGCCAUGCCUAGGGUGUGUUUUUUUCAGCCAGAACUCAGUUCUGGCACCUUUCAGGUGGGUGCCAUUGCCAUUCUAAGAGAAUAAAGGAGGUGUUCAUUGUGAGUUCUGGCACCUCCUUUUCUAGUAAAAUAGCACUGGUCAUGCCCACAGAAAAAGUGUCAGGUUUGAGCUCAAGAGUAAUCAUACACAGUUCUUGUAUCUUUUGAGAUCCUGCCCCUUAGCUCAAUUAUCUUGCUCCAACAUGGGAAACUUGAGAGAACCCCCUUUGCAGAUUGGCUUUGCUUAAGAACAAAUCAAUGGUUCUUAGAAACAUCAGUUAUUGACAGGAUUUUGGGGCACAUCUGGCUUUUAAACCAGCCAAUAUCUUUUUGUUUGUUUUUACCACAUGAGUGGUAAGCCCUUUUGUUCAAAUCAAUAAAUUACCGUCAUUCCACUCUAAUUCCCGUGAUGCAUGCAAACAAUGCAAUUAUCCCAAAUGAAGAGGAUACAGCAUCUGUGAUUUCAUCGAACUCAUAAAAAUGAUAAUGACGCACAUCUAAAGAUUUAUUGAUUUCCCAAGUGCAUGCUUUUCUUUUUUCCUUAACAAAAUUGGUGGGGCAGAGGGUGCUCCGGAUUGUAAGUGUCAUUGGUACACAGGAGUUUAGCUUUAUAAAAGUGGCAUUCUGAUAUUGUCACCAGAGAACAAUAUUGUGAAUGCUAAGCUUGUAUUUGCGUUGAGGCCAAAGUCAAUUCUUCUUGAACCCUUUUUGGCUAAAUCUCCUUUCUUCUGUCUGUGUAGUAUUGGAUAAAUAUACUUGAGAGAAGAUUGUUUUCCUUGCUUCCUCAGACCAAAGUCCCAUUAAAUCCAUGAUUGAAGCCACUACCACAGAGGAGGGAGGAGAUGCAGAGAGUGGCUGUGGGCUAGACCCAGGCAAGGUGAAGUGACCACCUUGGGCAGCAGGAUCCAUAUGGGCAGUGGAUCCAGUCUCCAAGAAAUUAUUCACCCACUGCCACUGCUGCACCUCCUUGUCCUGUUCCCAAAGCUGUGUCUACAGUGGCCUCUUGGUGAAUAGGCAACUCCUGCUAAAACUGGUUACUUGCAAGAGAGAAGUAGUUUCUGUGGCGGUGCUGUUUGGUUUCUUCAGAUUCCAUAGUGUGAUGUGGAAAGGUCUUCAGAACCUGACUGUUGAUGCCAGGUUACUGGUUAACAUCAUUGUGCCCCAUCUAUGACUUCCUGCCCCAUCUAAAACAUGGGUAGGCAAACUAAGGCCCAGAGGCCGGAUCUGGCCCAAUCUCCUUCUAAAUCCAGCCCGCGGAUGGUCCAGGAAUCAGCAUGUUUUACAGGAGUAGAAUGUGUCCUUUUAUUUAAAAUGCAUCUGUCAGUUAUUUGUGGGGCCUGCCUGGUGUUUUUACAUGAGUAGAAUGUGUCCUUUUAUUUAAAAUGCAUCUCUGGGUUAUUUGUGGGGCAUAGGAAUUCGUUCAUUUCCUCCCACCCCAAAAUAUAGUCCGCCCCCCACCUCAAGGUCUGAGGGACAGUGGACCAGCCCCCUGCUGAAAAAGUUCUCUGACCCCUGGUCUAAAAUGUUCGGAGAUCUAGACGGACUUUUUACCCAAGAUUGCAGUCCUGUACCCACAAUAUUUUAGCCUCCACUACUGCCUAGCAACUUGCUAGAUGGAAUCCAUAGCACAAAAUCAUCCUGUUCACUCUGUGAUCCAUGACUGGUUGGAAUUCCCCAUGUGAAUAAUCUUGAAAGGUGGAAGUAUCAGUAAUUUUGGGGAGAGGGGGAUGACGACGACAGGAUUUUUUACUUCUCCAAAAUGGCCAGUAAUUCUAACUAAUAAUAAAAACGGGGAAAAUAUUUGGAGCAGAUUUAGAAAAUAACCUCCAGUUUGUUUUUCAUCUCCCUUGCUUAGGACUAUACCAAACAUUAUUCUCUGGCAUAGUUGGCAAGGAACAACUCAGGCAUUUGCUGCAUGACUUACAUCCUAUGCAAAGUUGCAGCGCCAUUGAUGAACUUUCUGCUACUUUCCUCAAGGAAGUGGAUAAAGACAACCAAGGUAGUUUGCUGACUUUUUGAGAAUAUUGAUUGCAGAAAUGUGCAUUCCAGAGUCCAUUAUGUAUAGGAUACCAUGUUAACAGGAAACUUAAAUUGACUGAAAGAAGAUCAAAAACAAUGUAUUUUUUUCAUAAAGGAUGUGACACAGCACCAUCUUGUGGAUUCUUUGUUAUGUGGCAAACAGAAAUGAGGGGGAGUUUGCAAAGAGAUGUGGUUUCCAGGAUUAUUUUGCUUUUGCAUGACUCAACUGAAGUCAAGCUGUUCCUGUUAAUUCCAAUGAGACAAUUAAGAAUGUACUCACUUUCUCCCAACUGAAACCAAUGGGGCUUAAAAGUGCUUAACUAUGGCUAGAUCGUGUUUAUUAUUUUAAAACCAAAGCACCAUAUACCGUCACUGCUGCUUCUUUACAUACAUAAAUUUGCAGUAAGUAUUUAUGUAUGUAAUAGUAAUAAUAAUAAUAAUAAUAAUAAUAAUAAUAAUAAUAAUAAUUUUUUAUUUAUAUCCCGCCCUGCCCAGCUGAAGCCGGGCUAACAACAAUAAAAUAAUACAACAUUCUAAAAUCAUUUCAUUAUAAAAUUAAUUCAAAUCAAAUUGAUGGCAACCAUUGGGCUAGAGUUCUGUGAAGAUUAUGUAAAUACAUAAAUUACUCUGUGAUCCAGAGGCUAUUUUCUAUGCAGAACCUCAAUAUGCAAACAGCUUUCCUGCAUCCACGACUUCCCUAUUCAUGACAAUUCCAAAUAAAAAUAUUUACCCGUCCUCAUUGCACUCAUGUGCAGCUAUUGCCCCUGACAAUUCAGUGAAUAGGGAGUCCUGCUCUUCCUAGGAGUCGUUUCUCCAGCUCUGAAUAUCUGAAGAGCUUUGGAUCAGAGCACUUCUUUUGAAAACCAACCUUCCCUAGUAGUAGAAUAUCCAUUAUGCCUUGGGAACUUCCAGACUGGGCUACAGUAACGUGCUCUGUGUGGGGCUGCCACUAACGGAUAUUUAGUAACUUCAGUUACAGGAUAGCACCCAUUGUCUUGCAGAUAAAUAGCAUUAAUGUAAGAAGAACAUUUUCUCCUUAGGGUAUAUCUCUGAAGAUAUGUUUGUUGCCUGGGUUCUAUCCUUUUCAGAAGAAAUAGUCAAAUCUACGCUAGAUUUUCCAAUAAUACCUCCAAAUCUGACACAAAUUGAGCAUCCUACUUCUUAUCUGAGUGUAAGUAGACAUUAUGAUUUAUUUUUAAGAUUUGCCUUUUUUUAAAAAAAAGUUGUCACUUUUCACUAAUAAUAAUUUGUGGGAGAAAAGAAAGUGGUUACCAAUCUAUAUUAAAGAAUAUGCACAUGGCAUAUUAUACGUAACACGUAACAAGAUUAUAUCUGUUGGACUUUUAAUAUCUCUGCAUCCAACCAGCAAUAUGAGUACAGUCAACAUCUCUUUCCAGAAUUCUAAUAAGUCCACAUAUUUGCAAAGCUCGUAUCUGUUCAAUACAGAAAACCGCAAAAUGCCAAGGCUUAGCAGCCUUCUGAAUGGCAUUCUUAUUGGUCUGGCUUUUGAAAGAUCAAAUUAAUUCAGAAGGAUGUGCGUGAGAGAGAGUACAAUUCUAAAUUGGAUGCUUUUGAUCAUUGUCAAUUUUGUAUAAAUUCUAAAUCGUCUGCUUUUGAUUUGUGUAUCUAUUUGAAGUACACUUAAUCUGACCCGAGGGCUUGAGAUGCAGUAGUCUAGAAAUGGCAAGUAGGGAUGUUUGCAUGGAGAGCAUAUGGAACAUGUCUCAAGUCUUGUGGAAAUCCCAGUACUAUGUCCAUGUAGACUCUUGACCUGUUCCUAUGGAAUCAUAGCUUUUAAAGAGAACUCAGCGGAACAUUCUGAAAUAGCAUUUUGGAUACCAUCUUGUCUUGUGAUCCAAAGCGAGAUGCUGCCAACCGUUUUGCCAAAAGCAGCCAACAGUUACUUGCAUGAAGGGACAAAGUGCUUAGAAAGCUGCAGUGGGCCCACACAUCUGGACCUGCCCAGACACACACCUGUUUCUCCCUUUGUCCCCGUCAUCUACGGUGUGAGGUUCCAGGAGCUGAGGAAGCCAGUAACUACAUGCAGAGGCACCCAUGCAAUUUCAUGAAUGAUAUGAAUGGGAGGAGCUGCACAUGGUUUGGGCAGGGUCAGAAGCACAGCCCUAUUACAGUGGUACCUCAGGUUACAAACACUUUGGGUUACAAACACUUUGGGUUACAGACUCCGCUAACCCAGAAGUAGUACUUCAGGCAGGGCUGUCUUAAGCAUAUGCGGCGCCAGGGUGCAAAGAUCUUCCCGGUGCCCCCCCCAGCCCAGCGCAACAAACCAGCCUGAAGCGUCAGUAUCGACGACUGAGCAAAGCUGGGAGCCUCAUGGUGUGAGCAGCAUUCGCUGGGUGGGCCUCUCCAUGGCCCUACGCCAAUCCCAGGCACGCAGGAGGGCGGAGCCGGCCGGCUGGCCAACCACCUCAGCACUUCACUGACUCGCUUGCCCCUGAACUCGUGGUGCAGAGCCGCCAGCAGCAGAAGGGUCUGCUGCGGUGCUCCGAUGGGGAGGCUCUUUCCCAGACUCCAACUCUCGAGCCCCAGACUCUCGGCCUGGCACCCCUGAGAGACCAGCACCCGAGUGCUCCGCACUCCUGGCGCCAAUGGUUAAGACGGCCCUCACCUCAGGUUAAGAACUUUACCUCAGGAUGAGAACAGAAAUCGCGCACUGGUGGUGCGGCAGCAGCGGGAGGCCCCCUUAGCUUAAGUGGUACCUCAGGUUAAGAACGUUUUCAGGUUAAGAACAGACCUCCAGAACGAAUUAAGUAUGUAACCAGAGGUACCACUGUACAUCAUUCUACAUGCUCUGUUUUUUCCACAGAGUGUGAAGGGAGCAAAAGAGAAAUAUACAAGGCUGUUAGAUGCAAACCUGAUAACUCCCCAGAAGUUUUAAUAAUAUGGCUACUGUUUAGUUUAAUGGGUUUCCGCUUAGCAAGGUCAUUUAAAAUAUAACUUUAUGUUGUUAACCAAUCAGAAUAAAGUUCUAACCAGAAGCUGAGUCCAUCGAAGAACAUGUGGCUCACCCAUGGAAUGCAGUUCUCUAAUAAUCCACUUUGUUUUCGCAGUUCACUGCAGAUAUUCAGGAUAAAGAAGGACUGAGUGACCUGCAACUUGUUAAGGUGGCCACAGAGAUAGCCACAAGAAAAAGAAACUGGAGGCAUCUUGCUAGUAAGCUUGGCAUUACAGAGAAGGACAACUUCCAUUUGGGGAAUGAGCAUGGGAAAACAAAGGACCAAGUAAGUCACAUUUGGUGUAUGGUGUGGAUGGGUGUGGAAUCUUUUGCAAGUGUCAAAACCAAAUUGAGUCAGGAGUUGGGGGACAUGCAGUAAUUAUAAUAAAAAUGCAACAGCCAUAUUGAAAGACAAAGAGUGGCAUACCUGUUAGGUCGGUGGAGAAAGCCAUGUAUUGAAGUGAUAAGGAAGUUGCCUGUUCCAGUGGCAGGAUACUGGGGCACUAAGCAUAAUCCAGAGGGGCCUAGCUGGCAGCAAUACAGCCCAUGUUGUUUCAAGAGAGUGUGGCAUUCAGAUGAGGUCUUCUAGAAGAGAUGGAGAACCUGUGGCCCUCCAGAUAUUCUUAGACCCUAUCAGCCCAAACCAGCAUUGUCAGGGACAACAAGAGUUGGAGAGCAGUAACAUCUGGAGGACCAUGGGUUCCACAUCUCUACCUCCUGUCCUGAUGGAGGAGUUGAUGACUUCUGAAGCUGUACCCCCCUUAACAGAGAGUGGAGUGGACUCAAAGGGGCCUUGUGCUAGCUUGGAACUGUGUGCAUCUCUGACAUUCAGCAUCCUCCUUGUGUGCCUCUUGGUAUUUCCAGUGCGGGAUUACAUGAGGGAGCUUGGAUGUUUGGGGAGCUAACUCAUGAGGAGGGGCUCAUGCUGCAUGCUUAGUUGUCAGAGUCUCCAACCACAGGGCUGAAGUCCUUUCCUAAGUCAUCUUCCCUAGAAGAGCAGAACAGCUGGCUUGCCUUUGCAUGGUUACUGUGACAAGAUUGGAAGCAACUGGGAUUUCCAGUCCAUAGCUCUGGUCUUAUGAACUUCCUACAGGAAGCUCACAAGGAGGAUCUGAGCACAGAAUCUUCCAAAUGUUUCUGUGAAAGACUGCUUGGUUUUGUAAUGCAAUGAACAUAGAGAAACUGCCUCGGACAGAGUCAGCCCAUUGGUCCACCUAACUCAGUACAGUUGUAGGAAACCUGGGCCUUCCAGACAUAGCUGAACUGCAACUCCCAUCAUCCCUUGCCAUUGGGCAUGGACUACCAGAUACUAGGACUGCUCCUAGGGCUGAUGGGAGUUGUAGUCCAGCAACAGCUGGCAGGCCAAAGGGUCUGAACCUAAUCUAUACUAGCUGGUGGAGGUUCUGCAGGGUUUCCAACAGGAGAUAUUCUCAACUCUGCUGGGAGAUGCCAAGGAUUAAAAUUAGGGGCUUCUGCAUACAAAGAAAGUGCCACUGAGCAGCAAGGCUCCCUCACAGGAAGUGCCCCUCACUUUCUCACAAACCAGCAGGCUUGAGGCUAAUGAAGUGAAAUGAACAGAUACAGUACUGAUAUAUGAGAUGGUAUAUGGUAGUUAUAUGGUAAAACCAACCAUAUGACUGUCAUAAGAUUUUACUGCUUUUCUAUAGCUGUUGAGAAAGGUUCAGGGUAAUAUUUUGCUCCCCUCUUGUUUUUAUGUGCAGAUCCUGAACAUGUUACUGAGCUGGCACCGAGCAUGUCAAGGAGCUCCUCUUCCCAUACUUCAAGCAGCCCUGAGAGAAAGUGGCAAUGUAGACAUUUGUAAUGAAGUGUUCCACUUGAGCUUUUAAUAUAUAUAUAUUUGCUAGGAGAGGAUAGUUGUUCUAAGACAGGGUGGGUUAGCUUUCCCAGCCUAAGGGCGAUGUUCUCUUUUGUGCAAUGCUAUUGUUAUAUAUUUGUGUAAACCCCUCCUUUUCCCCUGAUGUGGACUCAAGACAGCUUACCGUAGUGCAGUGGUUUUCAACCAGUGUGCCGUGGCACCCUGGGGUACCUUGAAUGGUGGUCAAGGGUGCCAUGGGCAACACUGGCUUCUGUCCCUCUUUUUUCCCUUCCUUCCCUCCCUCCUCUGAUGCCCUCUCGUGUCUCUGCCGCCCAAAGAGCUGCACAGCUGUUUGUUGCAGCAGCCUUGGCUACAAGCUCUGCAGGCGAAUGGUGUCUCUGGGGCUGGCCAGGGGUGCUGGUUGCCAGGAGCUGAGGAGUAGGCAAGCAAGCAGGCAAUGGAGCCCAGCCAGCCAGCCCACCAGCCCUUGCUGUUUGGAAUGGACGGACAAAUCCUAGGCCCUUAUGGGGCAGUUUGAGGAGGCACCUCUCUUUGGGGCAGGGAGGGCAGCUCAGAGACCAGGGGUGGCAGCAGCACGACUCCCAAGGAGAGGGGAGAGGAGAGGAGGCUGAAGGAACACUGCACAAGGAAAGGUGUUUGAAAAAGGGUAAGAGGCUGCCAGCUCUGCAAGCAAGGGGGCCCCUGAGCCCCACAGGGGUGCCGCAGAAAGAAUGCAGUUCGUCAAGGGAGUGUCUCCACUCCCAUCGUUCUACCUGGACACUGAGGUCCAGCUCCGAGGGCCUUCUGGCAGUUCCCUCACUGCGAGAAGCCAAGUUACAGGGAACCAGGCAGAGGGCCUUCUUGGUAGUGGAGCCCGCCUGUGGAAUACCCUCCCAUCAGAUGUCAAGGAAAUAAACAACUAUCUGACUUUUAGAAGACAUCUGAAGGCAGCCCUGUUUAGAGAAGCUUUUAAUGUUUGGUGCAUUACUGUAUUUUAAUAUUGUUUUGGAAGCCGCCCAGUGGCUGGGGAAACCUAGCCAGAUGGGUGGGGUAUAAAUAAAUUAUUAUUAUUAUUAUUAUUAUUA